ACCGCAACUUACGGACUCCGUCCUUCCCCUCUGCCGCCUGCCGACUCCCGCGCGUCAACUAGAUAAGUUACUAGAGUACCAAGGUACGACUAUCCCGUAGUACUCGGGACUCGCAUUACUCUACUGACGGAAUUGCCGGAAUUGACGGAAUUGACGGAUUGUAAAAUCUAAAUCUAAAUAAAAUCCGGAAACAGCCAACACUAGAGUACGACGAUAUGCACGACAAUCUACACCAUUACGCAAGCGGUUUGGUUAUGUCUGGCGGUUAACACGAGGAGGGAGGAGAGGCUUGGCGCGCGGAUACUCGAAUUCUACAGUACCCCAGCCGUCGAUAAUAAAGACUCAUAUGACCGACGCCAUUCGAGGAUAAUAAAGACUCAUAUGGCCGACGCCAUUCGAGGCUGAAGCCUUGUUCAGCAGCAAAAAGUAGGACGUGAUGCGCUAUUGUUUUUCAUCCCCUCCCUGCAUGGCUCCAAUAUUCGUCGUCGCUUAAUCUGCCAGCCUUGCUACACUGUCUCUUCAGUUUGAGUAUAUAGCGCCAACUCCGCCCCAAAUAGGCUUCAGUUACUGAGGUCGAGUCGCUGUUGGGAUAUUUUGGCAUCAUCUCUAUUUCCGCUGCAAUCACCAGCAACGAUGUCAACCGUCACCAUCGUCAACGGCUUCAGCCCCCUCAACCGCUGGCUCCUCUACACCAGCUUCAUGCUCGCCCCCGCCCAAUUCUUCUCUGGCCUCGGCAACAACUGUCCCAGCAACUUUGGUUUCCUCGCCUACAACUGGUAUACCCAGAUCAUGUGGCUGAAUGCCAUUCAGGGCCAUCAGCUGCACGCCCUCUCCCUGCUGCCCGUACACUUUAACCUCCUCUUCGUCUUCACCUACCUCGGCGGCGUGACCUCGGGGAACUUGGCCAUGGGCAUCCUGCUGGGUCUUGGUACUGGGGGUGUGAUUAUUCUGAAUACGGUGGCGGCGUGGAUUAGUUGGGCGACGAACCAGCAGGAGGGGUAUGGGGUGUACCAGUUCUUUUUCUUCGGGUGGAGGACACUGAGCCCGGGGUGGCAUAAGUUCAUCCUCGUGUGGCAGAUCUCGGACUCGCUCUUUGCCUUGAACUGUCUCUAUUUGUCCAUUUACCUGCCGGUAAAGAUGGCCAAGUACACCAAGGAAGAGAUGGACAAGGUGCCGUGGUACUUGGGGAAAUUCCCCUUGAUCACAGUGGGCGCGGCGGCAGCGCUGUUGGUUGGAUGGCCAUUGAUUCUUUGGACGGAGCUGAUUGUGGCGAGGAAUAAGAUUGAGUCGGACACGGAUUGGAUUCCAGUGUGGCUGUUUAUCGCGCAGGCGGGCGCGAUGCUGAUGCCGGCCAGCUCGACGUAUUUUGGGUGUAUGAAGAGGGUAUUGAAGAAACCAAAGGCUGAUGGGGAUUUGAUAUUGGGAAGUGUGAAAUAGAUAGGUGAUGUGGUAAUACGUAUUUUAGUCUUGGAAAUGAUGGCAAUGGAUCUAACAGGUCUCUAUUCAAUGGAGAUUGAUCCCCAUAUAAGCAAAUGGCAUAGUAAUUAGAGACCGGACCCUCUCCUUUCGCCG